CCCUCCCCCAGGGGCGUCCGCCCACUCGAGGGAGACGUUCGGGCCGUCCUGAUUUACGAUUAGCCCCGCAACCAAUGUGGGCAAGGCCCGCCCCCGUUGCUCUUGUUUUGCUUGCCCGUUCUCUCGGGCAGCCUCCCCCGUCCUCACUGCGUGUUAGAGCGAGACAAGUGCGCCAACCGUCAGCUGCCUCGCGUCAGGGCUCUCCCCUCGAGUGACGCAGUAGAAGUGCGUCCGGCGGUUUCGACCUCGCGACUCUCCGGUUUCGGAUAGCGCGCCCACAUUGCGACAGGUGCGAGAAGCAGAAGCAACAAUGGUCGCACGGUACCGCAACGUCAGGCCCCCGGUUUCGUGAGUGAAAGUUGGUGAAAGCAGUGGGAGCAGGCGCUGCCUCGCGGCAGCCGCAGUAUGAAGAUGGUCAAGGUAGAGAUGCCAAUGCCCAACACAAUGGACAGCACCCACAGUGUAAACCAGCUUUGUGAGCACACCCGUUUGGACGAACUAUCCAUCAGCAUGCCUGCUGUGAGCACCACAAACAACUGCACGUCGAGCAAUAACGCCAGUCUCAACGCCUCCACUGAGCCCGACUCUGAAGACAAGGUCGUGUCCACAACAAAGAAGUCUGGAGCAGGUGUGCGGAGACAAGAGAAGCCCCCGUAUUCGUACAUCGCCCUCAUAUUUAUGGCCAUCGAGAGCUCCCCUGCCAAGCGAAUGACUCUCAACGAGAUAUACAACUUCCUUCAACAACGGUUUGCCUUCUUUAGGGGACCCUAUCAAGGCUGGAAGAACUCGGUCAGGCACAACCUUUCCUUGAAUGAGUGCUUUGUCAAGCUGCCCAAAGGACUCGGACGGCCAGGAAAGGGCCACUACUGGACUAUCGAUCCCAGCAGCCAGCUCAUGUUCGAGGAGGGUUCCUUUCGGCGGAGACCCCGAGGAUUUCGGAGAAAAUGCCAGACCAUGAAGGCUUACACAACGUUCUACCCAACGCCUUCUAGCGCAGGUCUCCUUCCUCCAACACCAUACGACCUGCUCAGCCAACAGCAACACCAAGCCGGUGUCCUACAAAGUCAUGCUCAAGUUGCAACAAGCCACCACCAAGCCUACAUGUCCACCGACCCACAGUCGAUGAUGCCGUCUUCCACAGCGGCGCUGGCUCCCACGUCUCACUGCAGCUUUGCUUCUACGGGGCAGAACUCACUUGGCCCAAUGAGUCACCACUACUUGGCCAAUUGCUCACUGCCGCAGCCCAUGACACCCAUGUCCAGCGCUGGCUCUGGUGAUCUUCCCUUGAACUCGUCCAUGUACUCUGCCGCGGCUCCGAGCAUCUCCAUGGACACUAUGUCGGCGGCCUGGAGUAGCUGCCCGCCGCACCCGAGCGUGACGCAUAGCUCACAAUACAUCAAGCAGCCCCCGCCUAGCCCCGUGCCUAGCCCGGUGUCCCAGAUGCAGAGUCUGCCACCGGACCUAGGCCCUAUGUCUUACUCCUCGGGAUCGCCAAGCAUCCAUGGACAAUCGCUGUUAGGAAACACUGCGGACAGCAUGGACAUCGCUUUAGCAGGCAUGCGGUUCUCGCACAGCGGUGGCAGUCCGUGCGAACGCAAGGUCUUCUCGACAGCGCCUUUCCCAACCACACCUCUCUCGAGCUUGGGCAGCCUGAGCCCCGGUGCGCCGACAUCCGCGCUGCCCCAGCCACUCUACUACGAGUCCAAGUACACCCUCUGAGGCAGCUAAAGCAGCACCGGGCCGAACAGCCCGACAUUGUGGUGUAUAGUACGCACACUACCCCACCCGCCCCUCUGGACGCUUUUAUCGGACGCUUCUCUCGUACUUUGCUGUAAACUCGCAGAUUGUCGGCUCUGAAAUCGCAAGUUGGCAAUGGAGCAAGCAUCCCGAAUGGGCAAGUUGGUGUGGAUCGAUAGAUGUGUGUAGCACGAACAUGUAGCAUGGACGAAUCAAUUCAGGGACGAAUACGAGCACUACUUUUUACUAGCUUAUUGGGAAGUAAUCAUCCUCCAUAUGAGCAGCCAACACUAAAUAAAAAGGAUCAAAAGAGAGGUGCAUGCAUAUAAGAGAAUGUGCAGCAUGACAAACAACAAUUGCUCGCUCACGUGCCUACACAUUAUUUUAUUUUUAUUUUAUUUUUUGCUGUAUAACAUACAGAUAAGAAGUAGCCGAGGCACUCUUUACCUCAGUAUUUCUACAGCAACCCAUGCAUAACAGGACAGAACAGGUAAUAAUUUUUUGUUAGUUAUUGCACAGAAAGCAUAGCCGUCUCUGCGAGUGUUGUUCGUCUCUUGUUCCACUCGCCCAUGUUCUGUGUUCGCGCUACACACAGCUAUAGCAAAAGAGUGCAGCACGACUUCAUAUGAGAGGUGGCCGACAGGCGCAUGCCUUAAUUUGGACUGUUUACAGACAGUGCAUAUUUAAUCAUUGUUGUGCGCGGUAUACAUUGGUUCAUGCAAACUUCAGAUUUGACACAGAUAAUUAGAGCAUAAAAUUCACAGUGCUGCAACUUCUACUUGGAAGUCAGCGCGAGAAAUACUGAAAUAAUGUUUCAGCAUUAGCACUACCGCUGUACGAUUAGCGAGAUACCAUCCCGGCCACCGGCCAGCUACGACCUAGCUAUAGCGUGCUGUCCCCAAUCCCCUUAUCCUCGCUGCUUAUACUUCUGGCGCGGCUUUUGUAGCACGCAAAAUGCAAGCAGAUGGCCCCGACGGGAGAGGUUACGUUAGACUGGUAAAAACUAUGCUGAAACAUUCUAAUCUGACUUUUAAAAAGCUAACCACGAUAAGAACAUCGUCCAGCUUUCGAAGGAAAUAAAAGGACGACCUAGAUUGUAUUAAGACACCGAUAAAAAAAUUACUGUUCUAAUGUUAGUCUAUAGAACAUCCUAACAGUAAUUUGAGAACAGUAAUGAAAUGAAAGCUCAAUGACUAGUCAUAACCAGACACUGAGCUUCCUUAUUUCAAGGCAGGAACGAGACCAAAUGGUGGUUGCUAAACAUUUCUCUGACGGUGACAGUUCUGUUCUUUUAUUUCAUGCAACUCGAGGCUUCAGACUGCGCAGUCAACGGGUCUGGGCUCUCCUCAAAACAGAUUCAACGUUAGUUCAUGUCCGCACAUGAAUUUAAAUGGCAAUUAUUUUUGCUGAUAUUUAAUACCCAUGUUGUAGAAACAGACUGCUUUAUUCUGCACACUAGCUUCUUAUUCGGCCCGUAAUGGAACUCUUCUGAAUUUUGGCUAUGUUAUUAUUUCUGGAAUCGAUUAUUCAGCUGCAUCUCAUCUAGUCUAGAAGUAAAUUCACGCAAGGCAGAAAAAAAAGCGCCAACGAAUAGGGCGCGAUAGAAGGUUUUUAAAAUAAACAUUUUGGCUAGUUUUGGUCACAACAGAAAAAAAAUUAACUUUUAACCACAACACUUUGGUUGACAUUCCACUAGUUAUUUAUCAGUUGUUAGUUAAUAUAUUUACCAAUACAGAUUGAAUUUUGAUAUUGCAGAAGGCAAGAACAAACUUGUUAGCUAGCUAAUUUCUUAAUUUAGAAAGUAUUGUCACCCUUUUUCUUUUUAAGCUGCAAGGAAUGUGCCAGAUACUAACGCAACCCGAAGUACUUUCAACGCGCGCGCUACCAGUCGUUGCCUCUAGGCGUUUUUAAGUUCAGUUGCUAGCAACACGCCUAAACAACUCAAAAAUCGGCCCCCUAUGGCACGCAAAAUGUUACUGUUCAGUUCAAUUCUGGCUAUUUUUUAAUAUUAUUAUUGCUGUUCUUCUGCGGGGGUGAGUCAUUAUAUUCAGGAAGCUGAGAAUCAAAAUUUGUAGCCUCUCUAACCUAAUUUGAGCCCGCACACCAUCAUAUUCUUGAAAGAGCCUUAUUAAUUAUUGCAUCGCGGAGCUCACAGACAAUAUAUAAGUGAAAUUUAUUCCCUAUCAAAACUAUUCAGAAAGUCGAUUUAUACGUUUAACCAAUUCACCAACACAAAUUUAAAAAAAACGGUAGUUUAACUGCACUAUCAAGAACAAGAUCAGCGUGUUUCCAGACUUGUAAAAUAAUUCGGGGAAGUUUAAACGAAGUAUCGUGGCUAUUCGGAACCCUCCAAUUGCAGGUUGCGGUAAGAGGUUGCUCAUUUCCUGUUAAUACUGUGCCCGUGAGUACACUGAGGCAACCAAAAGUCCAACGUCGUUUGAAAUCACGAAUUGAGCUCGAGCUGACCUCAUCGCAAUGAGAAUCGGUGCGAAGAGGUUAUUAGAUCAGUAAAUCGUGUUUUAAGGCACUGUAGGCACCGACAAGAAGGCUGACAAGUCAGAAAAAAAAUGUUUAACCCUAUAUUAUUCCCAUCGCUAUUUCCCUGUCGCUUAAACGAUUGCUAAAUCAAAAGGUAUCCAAUUUAAAAAAAAAGUAUUCCCACAGAAAUUUUGCAAAUACGAAAGAGUCGACCGAGACUUAAGAUGUCGAGGUAAACAGAAAUUUGCAGUUGAACCGUGGCUUUCAGUUUUCGUUACACUUUUGGUAAGAAGCAUAAUACUAGCAGCGAAACACAUGCUUUGAUUCCCUUUAUAACCGCGUAAUAUGUCAUCGACUGUAUUUACUUGUAUAACUGAGUUGGUCAGAACUAAGAAGCGAGAAGUUUUCUGAAAAUAACAAAAUUCUCACUGUUUCCACAUGACAACACACCUACUCCCCCUUUACUAUCCUCUUUCCCUUCAAAAAAAAAAGCCAAAAUUACGAAAUUCUUUAAUUUUGGAGGCUUCUAUUGAGUCGGCAGUUCUGACUAACACGACUGGUCGACUCGGACGCACAAAUGGCGAGGCUUCAUCGAGGAGCUAUAGCACUGACGCUACACUUUGUACAGUUCCUUUAAAAGGAAACACAUGUGAGGAUAGCCUUACGUAAGUGCCUUUACAAUUACAGCCGUCAUAUAUGUUUGGCUGGAGACGCAGAGGCUGAGACGUCGGCCUAGGGCAGACUGCUGCAGUGUGGAGGAGACGGCAAGAGAAUUAUCAAAGGUGUUGAGCUGCUCGGGUAUUGAAGCCAAUGUCCUCAACACGUUUUCUGUGUCAUAUAGUAUAAUUUUAAAAAAAAGCACACCUCCGAAAUGUGCGCACCUUGUCACCGUCAAUUUCUAUUUCCCAAGCUGCAAACGCUGUGCACUCCUUCUCUUUUUUUCAUUUUUCUGUAAUCGCACGCUGGGGAGUUGGAAUAAUUUUACUAGCAAUCGAACAUCGCUCACCCCCCCCCCCCCCUUGUUAUAUUCAAAAUGAAACAUGUUAUAGUAUUAAUUGAGGCAUGAAUGUCCAUUUGUGGCCAAGAGAUGUCUCGUACACCCCCCCCCCCCCCGAAAAAAAAAAAAAGCACUAAACAUGGUCCAACUGUUAUAUAUUUUUUCUUUUUCUUUUGUUCUGCUGCGAAUUUCGCCAUACCCUUUUGCACUGCACUGUGAUUGCACAGACCUGCAUAAUGUAUGAAAAAAAAGCUAGGCAUUCGCCUGCUUCCGUGCAAGUGAACGAAAAGUAAGUGGGCUCCUUGUUUCGCAUUGCUGCCUGACUGUGCUGCGUGCGCACGGACGCUUAACAGAACGUGUUAGACGGCUUUUAAAGCUUCACGCAGCCAAAAAUGAAUGGUGUAUAUUUUGAGGGUAGCACAUACCUGGCAACCUCCAUUUCUUGUCAAGUGGCUCGAAGAUGUUAGUAUACUGCAAUGGUUGUUUAUUUAAGGAAGCACUGGUGUGUGUGUGUGUGUUCUUAAAUCUGUUAGCUCCGGUGAAUGUUUAGUGUUGCGUUUAUUUUUGAAACUGCUUUGUGUCUUUCUUUUUUCUGAAUGCAUUUUGAAAGAGCGGUAUAUGUUUACGUGUGCCGCAAAGAUUUCUGGUAGCUUCUUUAAAGAUGCGCUAAUAAACCAACCACGUUAAACAAUCAAUAAAAACUGUGUUGUGUUGCUGGCGUAUUGAAACCAACAUCUUCAGCGCGCUUCCGUUAGUAUUUAUGCCAUCGGAUAGCUAUGAAAGCAGAGAUCCAACGCUUUCUAUUAUAAUUAUCAUUUCGUAUAUAGACUUUAUGCAUUCAUUCGCGUUUCGUCCCUCAUGGACCUGACCAGAGCACUGCGUGAGUGUGACCAUGUGCAACGUGGCAUUUUGUGAAUUAUUAUAUGUCAAGUCCUGGAGUCUAAGCAAAGACUGAGUGAAUCAUGUUGCAUCAUGAAAAGCUUCGUUUAUUUUUAUUUUUUGUCGCGAACAAUCGCUUGAUGACUUGGCUGUAAUAAAGUGAUCAGAAAUCCUAA